CAGGGAUUACAUCACCAGGGUUGGACACCCUAUCACUAGCGCUGAUAACAUUGGUGCCGCUGAUGACACUGCUGGCCCUACUGGGCGCCGCCUACUGGUGGCGGACACUGCGCCGAAAGUCGCGUAUCAAUGAAGUGCCAACGAGUGAGGACCCACUCAUCGACCUCUCGCCCCCAUCGCCAUACGUCGGCCUCAGACCAAUACAACUAAUUGAAGUCAAAGCUCAGGGAAAAUUUGGCUCUGUUUGGAAGGCAAAGGACGGCAGCGAUAACAUGGUUGCGGUGAAGAUCUUCUCACUGUCCGACCGCAACUCGUGGCAGAUCGAGCAGGAGGUCUAUCGGUUGCCGCAAAUGAAACACAAAAACCUCUUAACAUAUUUGGGCGCCGAAAGGAGGGGCGAAGGCCUCGGCACCGAGUAUUGGCUCAUCACUGAAUACCACUACAACGGCUCACUAUGGGAUUACCUCAAAGCUAAUACUGUCGACUGGAAUCAAUUGCUUAACAUAGCUCAAGGAAUUGCCAGA